CGGCACAAUUUAUAAUUCUAUCCAGGAAAAAAAAAAUAUACAAUCUCCCCAAAUCUGAAAAUAGUUGGAAGAUGAAGGAACUCACCGGAGCUGCAAUCGCCGGCCGCCGGAGUGUUGAUUGUCGGAGGUAUUUGGUGGGCAGGCUCGCAAGUCGCAGCAAGGCAGUGGUUAGGUUUUUUUUUUGUUUUUUUUUUCUGAAAAAUCCCGAUCAUAUUCAUAUAUCGUAUUCUACUUCUCAUCUAAUUUUUUUUUUUAUUUUUCUGGACUGGGCCUGGUUUUUUAACCAAAAAUGGCCCAGAAUCCGCCAUUUCACGCCACAGGCGCUAAUACUGCCAUGGCCGCCGUGUCCAUUGCGGGCGCCAUGGUGCCGCCACUGCAAAUUUGCCGUAUAUCGGCUAGCGGGUGGCGGUGAGGCCAAACAUGCCACGCCAUUCCACCAUGGCGGAAAUUUGAUAACACUGGUUUGGACAGCACAUACUGAAAAACAAUUGUUGUCUGAUGACAGUGAGAUCGGUGAUAUGGGAAGAAGUGCCAUCAAGUGUCUGAAUAGAAGCACCAUCGGGGACCCAAGGUUGAGGAGCAUAUACGAGAGAGGUAGUAGCAGCAGAAACAAACCCCUUUGUAGCAGAAGUCGUACCACGAGCCCGAGUAGCACGACACGCACGAUAGUCAGCCAACAUUUCUGGAUGCUGAGUAAAACAAGUCUCGGCACUAUAACCGGUCUUCCUGUAAUGCUUACAAGGUUUAGAAGAGUCCCCUCUAGAUACACUAAGACGUUGAGAAGAUUGACCUUUGAGGAGUUACCAGAAUACUCUCUCAUAGACGGCGAAGCAACUAACAGAGAAUGGAGACGAGUCUUUUCAGCAAUCAAAUUAGAUAAUGCAUGUGUCAUGGUCAGAGUAGAGAACUUGAUUAAUAUUCUGGCAGAAGUUUCUCAGACAGGAAAACAAAGGCACAUUCCUUAUAGAGAUUCAAAGCUGACUUUUCUGUUACAGGAAUCUCUAGGGGGAAAUGCAAAGUUGGCAAUGAUAUGCGCCAUUUCUCCAUCUCAAAGUUGUAAGAGCGAAACUCUCAGUACUUUAAGAUUUGCGCAACGAGCCAAAGCAAUCAAGAAUAAAGCUGUUAUUAAUGAGGAAAUGCAAGAAGAUGUAAAUGUCUUGAGAGAAGUGAUUCGGCAGUUGAGAGAUGAACUGCACAGGAUGAAGGCCAACAACCAUGAUCAAACCGGUCUAAAUGGGGCUUAUGCUACUGGAUGGAAUGCCAAGAGAAGUUUGACUCUUCUGAGAUUUAGCCUGAAUCGGCCAAUGAUGCCUAUAACUGAAGAUGAUAGUGAUGAAGAAAUGGAGAUAGUGGAUGCAGAUGAGGAAAUAUUAGCAGCUCCUGAGGAAAAAUGCCUGUUAUCACCUGAACAGGGAUUUGGUGGUACAGAUGUUAAUAUUGAAGACAAAGCAGUUGAAACAGUUGAAAAGGAUAAAUCCAGUGUAAUUGGUGAUGGACUAAUGGGAAGACAUGGAGAAAUGUUUCACGAAAGUAGGUCAAAGAUAGUACAUGGUAAUGAUGAUUGUAUACAGUCUGAAGAUGAGGAAUGCACUUCCUCUGAUUCUAGAAAAUUGCCAGGCAGCGACCUAUCUAAGAAACCAAUGGAACAACGUUCACUAAUUCAGCUUUCUGCGGGCACGGUGAAUACAUCAGAGAAAUCCACCAACUGCAUUGAAGAUGGCCAAGCUUCUGGCCUUAGUAUUGUUCCAAUUAAUUUGCCCCUUGUUCUGAAGUUUCCUGCCCCCAGUGUCUCGCCAAAACCGAACAGUUGCAGGAAAAGUCUUAGGGCCUCAUCAACAGUAACAGCUUCUCAGAGUUUUCCUACUCAGAGUAACUUGAAGGCUGUAAGAGCAUCCAUGGCAAAGCCUUCUUCUAGUAACCUCUGUUUGUAUUCUCUCUCCAAUCGCAAUUCUUGUUUUGCAUCAACCGGUCAUUUGGCUGAAACUCUUCAUCGUGGUCUUGAAAUUAUCGAGAGUCAACGCCUCAGUCCUGUGCUGAGACGAUCAUCAUUUAGGUUUUCUUGCAUGCCGAAAGAUGUUAAAGCAGUUAUACCAGCUGCAAAAGUUGAUGUUGGUGUCCAAACUAUUUUUUAUGAUGACGAACUAAUGGACAAUGGCACCAUGGAACAACUAUGUAGUAAAUGCAAGACCAUGACUGACCAGCAGGGGCUGUUAAAUGAUGAUGCCCAAAAUUUACAGUUAGUCCCUGUCAAUGGGUCCCCUUCAAAUGAUAUGUGCCACAAGCAAGUUCCAAAGGCAGUAGAAAAGGUCUUGGCUGGAGCUAUUCGGAGAGAAAUGGCACUAGAAGAGAUGUGUGCCAAACAAAACUAUGAGAUCAUUCAACUUACUCGUUUGGCCCAGCAGUACAAACAUGAGAGAGAGUGUAACUCAAUAAUUGGUCAAAUUCGUGAAGGUAAAAUUGCUCGACUUGAGCGCCUGAUGGAUGGAAUAUUACCUACUGAGGAGUUCAUGGAGGAGGAGCUGGUAUCCCUAACUGAUGAACAUAAGAUUCUUCAGGAACAAUAUGAUAACCAUCCUGAUGUUUUGAGAACAAAAAUUGAACUGAAAAGAAUUCGCGAUGAAUUGGAAAGAUAUCAAAAUUUCUUUGACUUGGGGGAGAGGGAUGUUCUGUUGGAAGAAUUACAAGAUUUAAGAACUCAGCUGCAAUCUUACUUGGACUCUUCAGGGAAGACGUCAAAAAGACAAACCCCUCUUUUAGAACUAACAACUUCACAUGAGCCAGGUGCAGCAGCUUCUACUUACACCACUAAUUCAGGUUCAAUAGAUAAUGCCAAAGAGAGACUUGGGCAGGAGAGAAUCCAGUGGACUGAAGCCGAGAGCAAAUGGAUUUCCCUAGUGGAGGAACUUAAAACAGAACUUGAAGCCAAUCGAUCUACUGUUCAAAGGCAAAAGCAAGAGCUGGACAUAGAAAAGAAGUGUUCCGAAGAGCUUAAAGAAGCAAUGCAGAUGGCAAUGGAAGGUCAUGCACGCAUGCUUGAACAAUAUGCUGAGCUAGAAGAAAAACACAUUCAACUGCUUGCCAGACAUAGGAAUAUUCAAGAUGGUAUUGAUGAUGUGAAGGAAGCUGCUGCAAAGGCAGGUGUAAGAGGUGCAGAAUCUAAAUUUAUAAAUGCCUUAGCCGCAGAAAUCUCAGUUCUGAAAGUGGAAAGGGAAAAAGAGAGAAGAUACUUCAGAGAUGAAAAUAAAGGACUUCAGGCCCAACUGAGGGAUACUGCAGAAGCUGUUCAGGCUGCUGGGGAAUUACUUGUUCGACUGAAAGAAGCCGAAGAAGUAGUGGCUGCUGCAGAGAGACGAGCUGUAAUGGCAGAACACGAGACUGAGAGUGCUUACAAAGAGAUAGAGAACUUGAAUUCAUUGUUGGCAGUCCCUCACUUGCCUAAAGAAGAAUUUGCUGCUGAUAGGAAUAGGGGCAGUACUGAUGAGCACUGUGGGGAGAAAUUUGCUCCAUCUUAUGGUGUUGCAGAAGAGCCAUCGUCAUGGUUCUCUGGCUAUGACCGUUGCAAUGUAUAG